GACCCCCAAUUGGUAAAACCGAAGGUACAAAAAUGUCCACCGGCCGCCGUUUGGCCAAGCGCUCCAUCAUCGGCACCAAGGUGUGCGCCAAGGGUCCGGACGGCCUCUGGUACUCCGGCACCAUCUCGGACGUGAAAACGCCGCCCUCGUACAUGGGACCGCUCUCCCCACCGCCGCCGCCCACCUUCCUGGCGCCGGGCGAGGCCCAGCUGAACGCCGACACGCGCUACCUGGUCCGCUUCGAUUUCAAGACCGCCGUCGAGUCCCCGGCCGCGUCCACGUCCACUUCCUCGUCAUCCUCGACCUCGUCAUCGUCCUCGUCCUCGUCAUCCUCGUCCACAUCCUCCACAGAUCCGUCGGUCAUCGUGGAGGCGCGUCGCGUUGCCAGCGUCCACAUCAGUCCCGCCCAGGCCCUCCGCCGCAGCGCCAUGAUCAAGGAGUUCCGCGAGUCGGACCUCAUCGGACCCGGCUUCCGCUCCAUCAUGGACACCGAGCUGCAGCCCGGCCAGCGGGUCUACUUCACCUACAAUGGGCGCGAGCAGAGCGGCGAUGUCGUCAAGCACGACGCCACCAAGGACGAGGUGAUUGUCAAGAUCACAACAGUUGGAAAUGAGGAACCCAUUGAGCUGAAGAAGCGCCUGGACGAAGUGCGUCUGCUGGAAUCGCGACGCUCCGCCCGUCUGGCAGACCAGGAUCGCGACACCGACUUCGCCAGGCUCGCCGACAUGAGUGGCGAACGCCGCAGGACCAUCCAAAACAGUAUUGAGGUGCCGACGAUGCAGAAUCAACGGAAACGUCCGCCCAGCGAUCCGCAGGACAGCUACGAGGAGACAUGCCGUGCCGCCGAGAUUCUGUCAUCGAUGAAGCUGCAGAGUCCGCAUGGCUCAAUGGCCGACAAGUGCUCGAGUCCCGGCAGCAGCUCGUCGGCUUCCUGGAGCUCCGGUUCCGCCUCGCCGCCCCUGAGCGACGACGGCCACGCCCACCACAGUCCACACAACAUAAUGUCGCCCCACGAUGCGGCCAACGCACGCAUACGCACAACAUCGGUGUCCACAUCCGACGAGGGCAUUGUCAUCGACUUCAAGGAGGAGCGCAAGAAAAAGUCCAAAAAGUUCCGCUGCACUUAUCGGGGCUGUCACUAUGUGGAACCCGACCAGAAUAAAAUCGUUCGUCACAUUAGGAAAACACAUUUGGGGAAGAAGGCCCGUCGUUCGGCAGAUGACAACGAGGAGAACGAGGAGGACUUCUACUACACGGAUGUGGACGACGACGACGAGCAGGUGAAGCCCAGCCUGGCCUCCGAGCCGACGCUGAGUCACCGGGACAUGGCGCGUCCGCCGCACGAGGAUCCGGAGUACCAGAAGCAGAUUGUGGGCAACUUCAAGCAAGGACGGGCAGGCAGCCACUAUAACCACCUAACGCAGCCCCAUGGACGCAGCAUCAGUGGCAGCAACAUCCCGAGCACCCACCAGCAGCAGCUGCAGAACAACAACACCAGCUGCAUCCCCACUUCGCACCUGGCCCACCACAACUACACCUGGCCAGCGGCGGCGGCGGUGGGCGGUGGCGGCGGCGGCAUCUCCUCAUCCACGGGGACGGGGCUCGUGGCAUCCGGAUCCAGCUCCAGUUUGUCAUCCUCGCCGCUGGGCAAGCACGCUCGCUCGUCGUCCACCCGUCCGUCCCACUCGGUAGCGCCAUAUCCAUCGCCGACAUACGUCCAGCAGCAGCAGCACCACAGCAACAACCACCACACGCAACACCACAACUACGCCGGCAGCAGCAGCAACAGCAGCCACAGCAGCAGCAGCAGCAGCAGUCCGGUGAUCCACAGCAACAGCAGUGCCAACAACAUGCUGCAGCAGCUCUCACAGCAGAAUGUCACGGUGACGGCACACCACAGCCAACAGCAGCAGCAGCAGCAGCAGCAACAACAGUUGCAGCAGCAGCAGCAGCAACAUCACCACCAACAGCAACAGCAACACAGCCACCAGCAGCAGCAACAGCAGCAGCACCUCCUGUCCAGUGUGACGAUCACGCCCAACUACCAUCCGGCGCAGCAGCAACAUCAGCAGCAGCAGCAACACCACCAGCCGAUGCGGCAACAUCCACAGACAACUGCCGGCAACCUGGUUGCCCAAAACAACAGCAGCAAUCCGCUGCAGCAGCAACACUUGGCGCAACCGGCGGUGGCCAAGCAAACGCCCCAUUCGCCAGGCAAGAGGACGCGUGGGGAGAACAAGAAGUGUCGCAAGGUCUAUGGCAUGGAGAAGCGCGACCAGUGGUGCACCCAGUGCCGGUGGAAGAAGGCGUGCACUCGCUUUGGGGACUGAAAGCGACAGAAGUCGUCGACGGAGGCGGCAAACCAGGCGUCGGCGCAGCAGUCCAAGGCGGCAGCAACAGCAGCAGCAGCAGCAGCAGCAACAACCACUCCCAACCAAGCAGCAACUCCCAGUCCAGCGGCAGCAACAUCCUCCUCC